AUGGCACCAAGCGCGGUCCACGAGCCGACCAACGGCCAUGCGAAUGGCACCCUCAACGCCAAAGCAGCAUCUUUCACGCCCUCCAGCGAGACCUCUACCUACCAUGCCGCCUCCUCCCAGCAGGCAAUGUCGUCCGAGGCAGCCUACGCCGCACACAACUACCACCCGCUUCCCGUCGUCUUCGCCAAGGCAGAGGGCUGCUCGGUCUGGGAUCCAGAGGGCAAACACUAUCUCGACUUCCUCUCCGCAUACUCAGCCGUGAACCAAGGACACUGCCACCCGAAACUGAUCCAAGCGCUGGUCGAGCAAGCGAGCCGACUGACUCUCUCCAGCAGAGCCUUCUACAACGAUGUGUUCCCCAAGUUUGCGGAGAAGAUCACCAAGAUGAUGGGCUUUGACAUGGUGCUGCCAAUGAACACGGGUGCUGAAGCGGUGGAGACUGCGGUCAAGGUUGCGAGGAAGUGGGGAUAUAAGGUCAAGGGCAUUCCAACGGACAAGGCGUGGGUGUUCAGCGUGCAGGAGAACUUUCACGGCAGGACAUUUGCGGCGAUUACGAUGUCUACGGACCCUGAGAGCAGAGACAAUUACGGCCCAUACCUUCCAAACGUAGGCUCCAGCAACCCUACCACGGGCAAGCCAAUCCCAUUCGGCAAUGCGAAGGCUGUGGAGGAGCUUUUCGAGCAGCACGGCAAGGAGACUGCGGCGUUCUUGGUUGAGCCAAUCCAGGGUGAGGCUGGUAUCGUGGUCCCAGACGAGAGCUACCUGCAGAGAGUGCGCGAGCUCUGCACAAAGCACAACGUCCUCCUGAUCUGCGACGAGAUCCAGACCGGCAUCGCACGCACAGGCCGCAUGCUUUGCCACGAAUGGAGCGGAAUCAAGCCCGACAUGGUCCUCCUCGGCAAAGCCAUCAGUGGCGGCAUGUACCCCGUAUCGUGCGUCCUCGCCUCCAAGGAGAUCAUGCUCACCAUCGAACCCGGCACGCACGGCAGCACCUACGGCGGCAACCCGCUCGGCUCCGCCAUCGCCAUCAAAGCCCUCGAAAUCGUCGAAGAAGAACAACUCACUGAACGCGCCGACCACCUCGGCGAGAUCUUCCGCCAAGGCCUGCGUGAGAUCCAAGCCAACGACUCCAUGAUCACCCUCAUUCGCGGCAAGGGCCUGCUCAACGCCAUCGUGAUAGAUGAAUCCAAGACGAAUGGACACAGCGCCUGGGAUCUGUGCAUGCUGAUGAAGCAGAAGGGUCUCCUCGCCAAGCCGACGCAUCAGAACAUCAUCCGCUUGGCCCCACCGCUUGUCAUUAGCGAGGAACAGAUCAAGACUGCGCUGAACAUCAUCGCUGAAGCUGUCAAGGAGCUGCCGUCGCUGAGGGGUCAGAAGGAAGAGCAGAUUCUCCCACCGGGUGAGAAGAAUGUGCAUAUCGGUGUUGACAACUAG